UUUCUAUUAUGCGAGUUAUUGGAACAUGUGAAUUCUUUAUAGAGAAUAGAGCAAGUAGGCUGUAGUGAUUUCCAAGUGCACCAGUCAUCCUUCACUCUUCGGUCUAAAUCUCGACCACAAUUCAUUUUCAUGAUGGAUUCAGUGACGUUGGAGAACAAGUAUAUGUCGGUCAUUAAAACUUGCGCCAUACUAACCAGUAUUUGGCCAGAGCAGAGUCAUUGUUCAAAAAUCUGUAUACAAGUAUACACGUACCUUAGCUUUAUAGCAUGUGCCGGCAGUAUGAUUGCAAGGGUAUACAUUUUGUUCAGUAUCGAUGUCAUGUUGGAACAAUUAUCUUACUUCGGCGCGGCGUGCGUGAUGAUGCUGAAAUACGGCCUCUACACAGUCCGCAGCAGAGAGUACAAAAUGUUUCUCGACUGCAUCAGAAGAGACUUCAGUACCAAGAGGCCGCAGGCCGAGUUCGACAUCUUGGAGAAGUACGCAGGAAGGGGUGUCUUUUAUACUCAGUUUUACUUAUUUAAUUGCUAUUGCUGCUACGCACUGUUUAUUCAAACUCCGCUGACACCGCGCAUCCUGGACAUCUUCAUGCCGAAAAACGAGUCCCGCGAAUUAGGCUACGUUUACCCGGCUUACUUCGCCCUCGAUGAAGAGAAGUAUUACAUACCGAUAACCAUACACAUGAUACUAGUAAUCGCGAUGGUUUUCUACGUGUACGUAGCGUGCGACACGAGUUACGCGUACUUCGUGCAACACGGUUGCGGGCUCCUAGCCGUCGCCGGACACCGUUUCAAGGCGGCGGUUGCAGAACCGGAGAGCUUCUACGAAAAGGAGUACCUCCACGAUCGGCAGUACAAAAAAAUACGUUUGGCAAUUGAAGGACACCAGUAUGCUUUAGAAUAUUUGCGUACGCUCCAAGAGGCCCACGUCGAGUACCUCUUCAUUUUGAUUGGUUUCGUGAUGAUGGCCUUCAGCGUCACUUUAGUGAAGAUAUCCAACAUGGAAGUUGGCCCCGAAUUUUUCAAGGAUUGUACCUUCCUCUUGAUCCAACUAAUGCACAUAUUCUACAUGUCGAUGCAAGGACAAUGCGUAGUGGAUUCAGUAAACGAAUUCUCAGACACGAUAUACGAAGCAGAGUGGUAUGAAAGCGACAAAAAAGUACAAUCAUUGUUCGUACUGACAUUAAGAAGUUGCUUGAGCCCUCCUAAAUUAACAGCCGGUGGACUCAUUGUACUAAAUUUACAAAGUUUCUCGGAGAUCUUAAAAACAUCGGUUUCGUACUUCACGGUGUUGCAAAGCACCUAAACAGGAUCAACCAUGUUAGCGGCGCAACCAGAAACUUGAUGGACCAUUGACCAACAGAAUACACAAACUAAAAUAUAACUAUUAAUAUCGCAAAUAUGUUUAGUACUAUUGUUACAACUUUAUAUACUAAAUACAUACUUAAUUAAUAUUUGGUUUAGAUGCACGGGCGUUUCCAACUUGAAACGUUACCGAGUGUCUAAUUGUAAGACAAAAUAGAUGUAAAUGCAAAACUACAGGGGCCAACGAAACGGUUACGGAAACCAUUCGGAGAGACUGACCGAUACGUGAACGAAUGUCGUGUUCGGUGUCAGGUGAUAAGGUCAGGUCGAAAUUUCUUUACGGUGGGAACGACAACGCUACACAUGGUGUGCUAGGAGACGUCAUAGUGGGGACGCGCGUCAGAUGAUAUCCGUCGCGCGGUAAGCCAUUCAUCGGCUCAGUUGUAAUAGGCCGCCCGCCAUGACAACGUCGUAGUGAAUUCGUGAAGAAUUUUAUGAAGAACCGUGUGCAUCGGCAUCUGUGUGGACGAGCAAUGGAACAACCUUGAUAACGGCCCUGUGAAACAUACGGGAGUCCGAUCGCAUUGUCACAACGCAUACGAGGUCAUCGUUUCCAGAGAUGACAUCCUCGGCACGCGCGAGUGGCCAGCGAGUUGGCGGGUGGAGAUCGUAUAUGUUUUAUCCGGAUAUAUUUUUUUUUUAAGAGAGCUGGGGAAUGCUCUUUACGCACUUUAGGGGCAGAGAUAACCGCUCCACGGUGAUAAAUCACGCCACAGUACCUACUGAAGUACACCACCCAUUGUCACUGUACCCUCAACCUCAGUUAAGUCCUACUGCCAUACUCUGACAGAGACCGGACAGCAAAAUGUUAAAUCCUAUUAUUUCACAAACAGUAGAAUAAGGUAUGAGCGCACUUUAUUAAUUUCAUAUAUUUUAUCGAACUCUAUGUAUAACAAAAGGAAUCUAGGGAAACAGAAUUCUUCUGGAGUCCCAAAACUGUAAUCGAUGGAAAAAAGUAAGAUUGUCUUUAAGGAGAUAUGGUCUACAUGCAUUAAUAUAAAGAAUGCACGACACAUUACCAUAAAGAAUGCAUUACGCAUUAGGAUACACUAUGUAUUAGCAUAACCGUAGCGAGUGAAUUUUCUCAAAUUACGUCAUGAAUGUUUUAAAGCACAAUAUUACCUUAUGUAUAUGUACCGGUGUAUAGAAUCAGUAAACCGACAACAUGCAUUUCUUGGUGUAGCUCUUACGGCUCGAGCGACAGUCUGCCCUCAACCGUGGAUGAGAAUACGUUCGAGAGACGAUACCUAAGGAUCACGAAAUGGUUUCACAAAUUGACUGAAAUAUGGCCCGAUCAAAAUACGUGCAUCAAGUGCUUUGCAUGGGUCAUCACGGCUGUUGAAAUGCUGUCAAGUGUAUUUGUUCAAGUAAGCGUGUAUUAUGUGGAACAACGUCAUUUUAUCAUUGAAAGAUCUUUUUUUAACGAUUGAUACGCACAUUGCGUUACGUAUAUAGAUACAUAUAUUAUCAAACGUAGAGUAGAAGUGUGUAAAAACUAUUUGAAACACUGUAUACCGUUAGCGAAUGCUAGCGCUAUAGCACUGUAUGUUACCACUACUUUUUAAGUAAGUGUUUAAUAUUAGUUUCAACUAACAAGAAUAAUGCAUAUCAAAUGUGUAAAUGUUUGAAAUAGACCAUUUACCUCUAAUAGCCGUGAGCAUAAUGUUAAUAUUAAAACAGUGUAAUUACAUUCUCAACGCGACUCAAGCGAGUAGACUUGGAUGUCAACAUCUAUCCUACCAACCUUCGUGUAAGUAUUACUAAAAGAACAUUACAGUACAAGCCACUUUUGAAGGGUAUGUAUCGAGACUAGGCAAUGGAUCAAUCUGACGAGGAGAUCACUAUUAUGACAAAAUAUGCGAACAGGGGUUACUAGCUUGAAAUAUUCUACACAGGUAAGACGAUUUAAAAUACGAUUUCGUCAACUCGUUAAAUAAAUACUUUGUGGCACCGGAUUCCUAAUAACCAAUUAUUUGAAUAUGAAUCAUAAGAAUGAUUGUAUGCAGUGAACGUACUCAUCUGCUCUAUCCUAUUCUUACAACUUCCAUGGACAACGCGCCUGUUGGCUCGGUUACAGCACUUUAACACAACGCCGAUGAUAUUCAUCAUACCAGGCUAUUAUUUCGUUAACGAGCACGAAAUUUUUUACCUCAUCCAACUACUUACACGGCAGCUUGGGAAUAAUAUUUGUGGCACACACAGUCACAUAGGCUGUGAUUCGAGUCUUACGAUUGUACCACAACACAUCUGCGGAUUACUGAUUGUAACUGUGUAAAAGGAAUGAACAAUACGAUAGAAUCUUCUUUAUGCAAACGUCGUGUAUCCAAACUAAUUCAAUAUCUGCGUCGAUUAUUCUAAUAUAGCUGGGUGGAAAUAAGAUGCGAUUCUCUAUUUUACCCAUACAUUGAUUUGUUGUAUCCAAACUUAAAAAAAUAGUACAGUGACCAUAGCAAGCCGUCGCCUACAAUGAAUAUUACAA